AUGAUUCUCGACCCAUCCCAUGUUCUCUUAGUUGUUCGGCAACCUCCAGGUGACUUGGGUGCCUUUGGCACCUUUGUGCCUAGCAAAAUCGAUAGAUUGGGAUCUUCAAAUCCCAAGCCGAACUUACGAGGCCGAGCAACAGCUGGAGACCAGGAAAAUACCGCCAUCUUGGACAGACCAGUUGUGAACGGACGCCGAACCCAGCCCACUGGAAACGAUGGCCCAGAAAAGAUGCCACGCAUUGAGCGGGAGGUAUCGAGAGCCCUCGAACUGGAAGAACAGGACAUACUGCGGCCAGUGCCAGAGCGACUUGAAGCCUCUUCCAGUCAGAGCUUUGGAUCUGUAGCUGCUGCUGUCUGUGCAGCGCUUCUUGUUGGUCUGGCAGCGGGUUUUGCCCUGCGUCCUGAGAAAAUCGAUAGAGAUAGACUGCCUUCAGAACCUCAAGCUCUACCUGUUCAGGUCCAGGGACCUGACUCCGACAGCCAGUCUUCACCAGGUGUGGUCUUGGAGAAGGCUACUGGAAAGAUCCAAAGUGUGGCUGGCGGAAUGAGAGACGUUGCUACCAAGGUCGACAAGGCUGUUGCAAGAUUGAAGGAGGUAGAAUCCAAAGAAGAUCAACUUCUCCGGUAUGAUGACAAAUUGGCCAAGAUGUACACUGGUCUCAUGGAAUCAGCUCGAGACGCAGGUGCGAAACUGCAAGAUGUUGCCAGCAGCAUCGCACCGGCACCACCAACAGAGAAGGGCCCUGCAAGUCGAGUGUCAGCAUCGGUGGUCAAGAAGAUUCGAGACAUAGGUGACAUGCUGGACGAAGCUCAAGCAGAUGUCUACAAGGAGGAGUGGCUCACUUUGAAGGUAUACCCUUCAGUUUUUCGAGCAUUCUUGCCGCUGAUGGAGUAUUAUGAGAAGGAAGCAUUCAGUGACGGUGUUGGCGACAAGUUUGUGAAUGCAGCUACGCGGGACAGCCUUUCUUUCUACCGCAUGCAGAUGUCAGUCAGUAUAGAUCGCCUUGCAAAGGCAAUUGAGAAUCAGAAGGUGCGUGAAGUGGAAGAGGCCUUCGCAAAGACUUCGUUGUCGUAUGACCGAUUUUUGAAAGCUGGUGAUUUGUAUCAAGGCUAUGACCCUGUGACUUCUACAACAGUCUUCUUCAAGAACAUUAGCGAUGACCAACUGCGAUAUACUCCUCUUGCACUACAGCAGCCACAGAUUCGGGAUGAGGUCUUGGUUCUGCAGGGCCCGGACAAGGGCAAGGUUGGUCGCAUCAUUUGGCUUGGGCGUGAGAAUGGUGAUGACCUUGACAGCAAGGUGCUUUCCGCAGUCGUAAAGUUGGAGCCCAAUCCAGUUCUUGGCAGCUCCAAGAGUGGCGGCGUACGAGAGGUGAAAGCAUAUCCAUACAAGUGGCUGGUAAUGACCCGUGGGAGCAAUGAGAGUUACAUGCAAGACUUGGUCUUGGCAACGCUGGCAGCCAUGGUCUCCUGCACUGUUACGUACCCGUUGGAGACAGUGAAGGCCCGCGUGCAGUCAAAUCUGCCGCUGAUUCCUCCGGAAGGUCCCCAGGCCCUUUUCAGAGGUGUUGAGCUCAAUGUCUUGCGAGAGGCACCCAAUGCGGGAUUCCUCAUGGCUGGGUUCAACUACUUCACCAGAUUUGCCGUGGGCUUGCCCUUCGUCAAUGGGAACGACCCGAACCUGAAGUUUUUAUUGAUGAUUCCUUCAGGGGUUGUGGCAAUGCUGACGGGAGCCUUCGUGAAGGCACCUGUGAUUGACAUCAGCAAGCAGGUUCAAGCUGGGGUAGCACAGAAUGCCGGGGAGGCCAUUCAGAACGUGUACCUCAAACCGUCCCCUUCGCAGGUCUCCAAGCGUUUGGCACGUACUCUUAUGCUCACUGGGAUUCGAGGAGUGCCAUUUGGAGCGUUUCAAUGCUUCAUCUACGAGGUGCUGAAGGAUCAGACACCACCACUGCUGGAAAGCAUUGGAGUGCCUAUUUGGGCGGAGCCAUUCCUUUGGGGCGGCAUUGCAGGGUUUUGCACCGGAUACUUGACCAAUCCUCCGGACGUGGUUAUGCAGCGUUUGGCGCUAGAGUCGGAUGACGAUAAGGAUGACAAGCCUUUCAGCAUUGGAGAAACCUGGGAGCAGAUCGUUCGUGCCACCCAAAAGGUUUACGAGGAAGACGGCCCUGCAGGCUUCGCAAAAGGUGGACUUGAGAAUGCCAUCUAUUUCCUUCCAGAGGCCAUGGUCUGGUUCGGAGUCUACGAAGCCCUGAAAGGGGUUGCCAACAGUGUUGGACAGGCUAUCUGA